AUGGACUUGCCGGAAGUUACAACGUUGCCGAAAGUAGUUUCUGUUAUGAGUUGUGGGAGUUUCUGCAAUAGCUUGGACCUACAAGAAUCACGAAGGCUAACCGCAAAUCCUUAUUCGCUGUCGACUUGCUUUGGACUACAAGAUCCAGAAGGCAACGCUCUGCUCCCUUGGCUCCACUCCCUUGGGGGUUGUAGUUCACAGAAGACGCCUUCCCAUCGAGUUUUACGCACUUGUCAGCAAGGCCUCUCCGCCAGCCGUAGCGUCUCACUGUCGGGAGGCACGGGUUUCCGCACCUACUCCUUGUCCCUGGAUAGCCGCGAGGCGGGCGGCCGGUGCGGAGACCCACCCUCUGCAGGAGUGGCCUGUCUGGUGCUGUUGGGUGACUUUUGGCCGCCUCCUGAGGAAAAUGUCAGCUUAUUAUUCAAGUUAUACUGCUUGACAGUGAUGACCCUGGUGGCUGCAACGUAUACCAUAGCUUUAAGAUACACAAGGACAUCAGACAAAGAACUCUACUUUUCAACCACAGCCGUGUGUAUCACAGAAGUUAUAAAGUUAUUGCUAAGUGUGGGAAUUUUAGCUAAAGAAACUGGUAGUCUGGGUAGAUUCAAGACUUCGUUAAGAGAAAAUGUAUUGGGGAGCCCCAAAGAACUGAUGAAGUUAAGUGUGCCAUCAUUAGUGUAUGCUGUUCAAAACAACAUGGCUUUCCUAGCUCUUAGCAACCUGGACGCAGCAGUGUACCAGGUGACCUACCAAUUGAAGAUUCCUUGUACUGCUUUAUGUACUGUUUUAAUGUUGAACCGGACACUCAGCAAAGUACAGUGGAUUUCAGUUUUUAUGCUGUGUGGUGGAGUUAUACUUGUACAGUGGAAACCAGCUCAAGCUACGAAAGUCAUGGUGGAACAGAAUCCAUUUUUAGGGUUUGGCGCUAUAGCUAUUGCUGUAUUGUGCUCAGGAUUUGCAGGAGUGUACUUUGAAAAAGUUUUAAAGAGUUCAGACACUUCCCUUUGGGUGAGAAACAUUCAAAUGUAUCUAUCAGGGAUUGUUGUGACAUUAGUUGGCGUCUACUUGUCAGAUGGAGCUGAAAUUAAAGAAAAAGGAUUUUUCUAUGGUUACACAUAUUAUGUCUGGUUUGUCAUCUUUCUCGCAAGUGUUGGAGGCCUCUACACUUCUGUUGUGGUCAAGUACACAGACAACAUCAUGAAAGGCUUUUCUGCAGCAGCAGCCAUUGUUCUUUCUACCAUUGCUUCAGUGCUGCUGUUUGGAUUACAGAUAACACUCACCUUUGCUCUGGGUACUCUUCUCGUAUGUAUUUCUAUUUAUUUCUAUGGAUUACCCAGACAAGAUACUACAUCCAUCCAACAAGGAGAAACAGCCUCAAAAGGAAGAGCCAGUGGUGUGUAAUUUCAGCCUCAAAGGAGAUUCCUACUAAGAUUGAAACCAUUUGCAUUAAACUAGAGCCUUAAGUCAACCCCAGAAGGUAGCUUAAAGAAUAACAAACUAUGUGGUAUAAGAUUAAGAAGAAAGCUAUCUUUAGUGAAUUGCUACCAAGAUUUAAUGUGACCUGUUUGGGGUCAACCCAUUUUGUUUUAGAAUGAAUUUUUUUAUUGUAUAUAUAAUGUAUAUAAAAGUAUGGAGAUAGUACGGUUAAAAAAUCAUGUGAGGCUAUAAUAUUCAAAUAAGGUUUGGGACAAUGUUAAAGGUUAAAGUGCCAAAGCCAUUUCUGUACUAACUGUUGUCUUGUUCAGGUACCAGAGGAGAAGGAUGGCCCCUCCUUGUUCCCCAAUUCAUGUACAGUAUUUUGUUCCAGCAGCAGUAAUGACCUAACUCUUUUCUUACAAGGGAGACAAAAACAAGACAGGCUAGUCAGAAACAAACUGAAUGUGGAACUUCUCAAACUGAAUAUUUCAUAACUCAAGACAAUGAUUUCUGGGUGGUGACUGAAUACUCCUGUAACUGCUGUAUUUGUGCCAUUUAUUGUAUGGAUUCACAUUUCUUUGCUGUUAGAUGAUAUACUUUUCUCCAAAAAAUAUUUCUACUGUCUUUUGUACUUUUUUUUAUAAAAUAUGUUUAGCUGUGGGGCUCUCAAUAAUUUAUGAAAUUGUUUUUUAAAAAUUUUUUAUAUGAAUAGGGAAAUUCAGCAAUAAACUUUAUAUGAAAUCUG